AUGCACCCAGCAAUUGCAGCAGUCAAUGCAGCCAUCCGAACUCUCAUGAAUUUCAUCUUCGGUCGCGCUCGAUGGCCUCUCUGGUCCUCCAAAGAUAGCUCCACAUUAGCCAUGGACAACUCUUCAACCGUGGCAAGAACAGCGUCUCGGGAUCCAAUUUACUAUCCAUCAAGAUCCUGGGCAGUGCUGCUCGUACGAGUCGAAUUUGCGGGUAAAAACGGUCUCAGAAGUCGGCUGUGUAUCUCCGAGGACAUGACCUUCGCAAAUUUCAUCCAAGCAUUGCACUGCCGACUGAGCAGACGUCUGUCGAAGCUGGGCUUGGAGGUGGCUGAGCCCUGGCCGUGGGCCUGUCACGCCGUCAGUAUAGACUUCGAGUCGGCUGGACAGCAGCGAGAGGCAUUGACGGAGCGGUCCUGGGUCGAGAUCAGGACUGCUCUGCUGCGACAGGCAUACGACUUGCCCGAGCCAAGUAUCGAAGUUGGACUGAAGAAAAUCGUGCGGACAUGGUGGAAGGCGAAGCAUUUCUAUCUUUCUAUUGUGUUCGCCGCUGGCUGUAUCAUCAAUAUGGCACUUCUAGACACUCUCAAGGUGAUCGCCAUUCCCGCAGUCAUCGCCGCCGCCCUCUACGCCCUCAUCGCGUUCGCCAUCAUGCCUCUGAUCAGAAACCACCGAGAACGAUACAGUCAAUACCUCCCUAUGGGCUCGAUAUCUCAAAGCACGUCCUCGAUGCGAGAUCGCAUAACGAAUACGCUCACGGCGUGGAUCGUGCCGCGGAGACAUCUGGUGUAUGACGCUUCGGGAGAGAGGAGAGGGAGCUCGAGUGCAGACGAGUUUGUCUUUGCGGAUGCAGAUGGAGAUCAGAUGGUUGGGUUUGAUGUGGAGAGGAGUGAUCGGAGAGUGAGGGUCCUCGCCUUCUGCUUCGCAAUUGCUGGAUCGAAGAACAGAGCUCGCCGUCCGAAGAAUUGUCGGAUCACGAUGUUUGACGACACCGGCACCGUGGAGGUGACUAUACGACAAGUCGAGCCGGUCAGAUAUCCCGAAGUUCAGCGAUACCCACAGUACGAGGAGUCCAGCGAGGUCUUCGGCGAUAACCUUUACCAGGCAGAUGUGCACGUCGUGAAGGGCGAGCAAUUCGCAAUCUUCGUCGAGCUCGGCGAUCACUUCAAUUUCCACGACAACAAGACGCUGAAGAUCCAGGUGUCGAUUGAUGGCGGAGCUGCGAACAUCUGCCAGUACCUGGACGAGAAGGAUCAUUAUCAGGGACCUUUGCACAAGAAGAUCGACGAAGUGCGGGCCCGAGUGACCACUGAAUACUUGCCAGAGGAGGACAAGCCAGAUGAGUUGUACUGGUGCGAUCUCGUAUUCGGUCAACUGCAAGCACUCGAGACUCGUGCUUUCCCUGUCACUCUCCCACUCUGGGGCGAUCUGGAUGAUCAUGACACGAUCACCGUUCGUCUCGAGCUCGGAAACUUGGAGCAUCCUGCCAGAAACAAGGGAUUGCAUCGCGGUCCUGAAGCUCAUCAGACUGAGAGUCUCAAAACUCUACGAAGAAUCGUCAUCAUGAUCGACAUUGCCAACGGCAUCGAAGUCAUCAUCUCGCCUUACAAUGAAACAGAGCCCACGGAUCCGUAUCACGAAUGGAAAGCACCCCGCAAGAACAAGAAGCUCUUCGCGGACGGUCGUAACGAGUGCUACAUCGAGGCCGUGCACAAUGAAAGAUUCGGGAUGGAGAUGAUCCUUCAUACUCACUUUGACUGGCACGGUGCACCACAAGUCCAGAUCAGUGUUGUGAUAGACGGCGGUACCUUGGAUGGGUGUGUCAUCGUGCGAAGGCCUUCCGACUGGAAAACCAAGCCCAAAGCUUUGAGAGUACCAUUCAUGUCAUACUAUGGCAAAAUCGACGGACAGACCAGAGUGUGCGGAUCCCGCUUCUCAGAGCUGGAGGCGGUUGAUGAUCCCGGCUUGCUGUCCAAGGACGAAGAAGACAUGGAAGUCAGCCUCCGAGGAAAAAUCCUUGUUACCUUCCAGCGUGGAACUACAGCAGGCAAGCGUGGGCGUAAGCAGGAGUCGGGGACCCUCGGGGACCCACUGGUCUUGCCUGACAAGACCAACAAGGUUGUCGCUCUAGACAAUGGCCGUUCCCAUGCAGUCCAAAUGCUGGAUCUGGGGGCCGCCGACUCAGUAUGCUUCAAUCCAGCCUUCAAAGCGCAUGACAAAGGCACAACUGGAGAAGCGAUUGUGUUCACUUUGUUCUACACGACAUCAGUCUAUCUGGAGAUUAAAGAGAUCAAGCCCGUCAUUCCCGUCAUCAGCAGACCGAAUAUACGGGGAAGACCUAUUGAGAUCAUCGACGACCCAGAGCCGGUGGCACAGCCUCUUGUCACUCCAAACAUGACGCCGGCUACCAUGAUCCGCAUCAAGGAAGAAAUCGGCGAAGGCAAUGCCAAUGGAACACAGCUCAUCGCCCAUACUGAGACCCCAGCGGAAGCUUUCGACCUCGACGCCCACCCAAGUACUGCUGCAAAUAGCCACACCCCACCUGCCGUGAACCUCGCAGGGCACGCACCAGUCCAAGUCAAAGAAGAAUUCAUCGGAACCCAAAGUCCUUCCACCUCUCGCGGGAGGAAGAGAACUGUCAAGGAAGUCGAGCUUGAGGUCGCGGAAGCGGACUGGCAGGAAGCUAUGAUGAGAUACGACAUGACGCCUGCGGAUUCCCCGGACCGCAUGUCAUUGGGAAUGACUUGCAUGGCGAAGAAGCGCAAAUUCGUGGAGUCAAAGUUGCAGCUCGCGAAGCAUGACGCUGAUGAAUGA